AUGUCAAACUUAUCCCAUAGCAGCUAGUCAUCGAGAAGCUCUUCUUAAAAGAGAAAUAAUAAAAGACCACAAAGAGAGAAGAGAAAGAAAAAUAAUUCAGAAGACUACGAUAGUCAGAUAGAUGAUGAUGAUUUAUCAUAAUACGAUGGGAUAAGGAUAAAAAAUAAAUAACAACCAAUUUUGGGACCUAAUAGAUUUCAUAAAAGAGAAACCAAACUUAAGAAACCAACAUCAAAUUAGAUCCCGGCUACUGCAACAUUUUUAUACAAACCUGGCGCUGAAUUACCAAAUUUGUCAAAUUACAUUAAUUCAAUCAUUGAUAUUAAAAUAGCCUGUGAAUACAUAAAUAAAAACAAUCCUGCCAUUACUUUACGACAAAUAUGGGGUUCUAAUGGAGCUUAUGCAAGUCAUAGUGAUGCUGUUUGUAUUGGAAUACAUGCUGGGUUAUUGGCUUUAGGUGACUUGAAAUUAACUAGUUCAUUUUAUUAAGGAGUGAGUUUAUCUUGUAAAGUGAUCAAGGGAAAAAAGUCAUUAAAUGGAUAAAUGAAAGUGCCUUUAUUAUCUAGAACAUUGAAGACUCCUUGCGCUCAUUGUUUGAAACCAGAAAAAGUUACUUGGUUGCCUUAACUUGGUUCCCCAGAGUAAUUGAUUAGUUGGGCUAAGAAAAUGUCACUGCCUUAAAAUAGAAGAUUAACAAAAAGGAGUCAUUCCAAUGUUUAUUUGCAUGAGCCUCCUCAAAUCUCAUAACCUGAAAAUCUACUAGUGAAUAAUUUACCUCCCUUGAAUGAAGGAUGGAUUGUUUGGGAUAUGUGCAAUGAGCCAAGUUAAAAAUAUAAUUAGCUUACUUUUAUGGAUAAAGAAACAGCGUAAGGAUUGUCUAGCAGAACUUCUUAUAAAUUUAAAACACAUUGUUUAUAUAUUGAAACUCAUACUAAAAAAUAUGAAAUUUAUAUGGAUUCUUCAAAAAUUGAUGAAGAAGUAUUUCUAGAUUCAAAUGUAUUUACAAUUCAGGAGAUAUUAUAUCCUCAGCAAUCAGACAUUGAGAUGCUCUAAAAAUUUGGUGUACCACUGCCUAAGGAAUAGAAAGGUGUGAUUUUUGAGAAGUUAAAAUGGGAGAAUUUCGAAUGGGGUAAUGACAAUGUGAUAAUCAAUGGAACCUUCUAGAUACAAGAUUUACAAAACUUUAAGUUUGUUCCCAUAAGCAAGCAUUAAGUUUACGAAAAAUGAAAAUAAUCAACAUUACAAUUUAAUAUAUAAUGGGUUAAUUUUCACUGAGAUAA